GGUGAACGAUGAAUUUUCUUCGCUCGUUUUUAUUUUGAACAUUUUGGGGCACUGUACAAUCACGUGACUAGCAGGGGCGUUUCAGGAUUUGCAUGCAGAGUAUUAUUGGGAAAACAGUGAGUCUUCAAUGCAGCAAUAACUUACUGCUAAUCAAAACUGCAAAAUGAGUUCCUCUGAGGGGAAGACCAUUACCGUUAUUGGCAGUGGGCUGAUUGGGCGCUCCUGGGCCAUGGUGUUUAUGAGUGGGGGCUACAGAGUGAAGAUCUAUGACAACCAGCCAGGCCAGGCUGCCAGGGCCAUCCAGGAGGUCAGGAAACAGCUUGAGGAUCUGCAGGAAGAGUGCAUGCUGAGGGGGGAUCGGAGUGCCUCAGAGCAGCUAGCCCUACUGAGCAGCCACGAUGACCUCUGCCAGGCACUAGAGGGAGCCUUCUUCAUCCAGGAGUGUGUGUUUGAGGAGAUCGAGGCCAAACGAAGUGUCUUCCAGGCGGUGGAGAGUCAUGUGGGAGAGGGCGUGAUCCUCAGUAGCUCCACCUCCUGCCUGUUGCCUAGCAAUGUCUUCUCCCAGGUCCAGAACCGGAAGCGCUGCAUCAUAUCUCACCCGGUGAACCCGCCCUACUACGUGCGUCUGGUGGAGCUGGUGCCACACCCAGAGACGUUGCCGGAGGUGAUGGACACCACCCAUGCCCUGAUGACUGCCGUGGGCCAGGCUCCCGUCAGGCUGAAGAAGGAGAUUGACGGCUUCGCCCUGAACCGUGUGCAGUACGCCAUCAUCGCUGAGUCCUGGAGGCUAGUCAAGGACGGUGUCAUCUCAGUCAAGGACAUUGACCUGGUGAUGUCAGAGGGGCUGGGAAUGCGUUACGCAUUUAUUGGUCCCAUGGAAACCAUGCACCUCAACGCAGCUGAAGGUCUGGAGGAUUAUCUCCAGCGCUACAGAGAGGGCAUGAAGAGGGUUCUGAACGCCUUUGGACCUGUUCCCGAAUUCUCUGGGGAGGCAGCCGAGUGCAUCAACAAAGAGAUGUGUGAGCUGAUCCCAGCUGACCAGCAGCACCUGUCUGCCAGGAGAGAGAGGAGGGACCAGCUUCUCAUGGGCCUGGCCAAGCUCAAGAAGUGACCCCAGGACUAUCACCACCACUGAUGAACAGGGUGGGAUGGGGUAUGGGACUCUGCUGUCCAUCACUCAGCCAAAGAGCAUGGUGAUAAGAAUGACCUGAUCUCUCAGUGGUGCUUACACUGGGGAUGUUACUGAAUACUGUAGCCCUGAGUCCUCAAACACAAUCAAUCAACUCAUCUGGGAUGUUACAGUAGCCCUCACACACAAUAAACCAAUCUAGGGAUUGAUUACCAUGUCAUCUCAGAAAUCUAACCACCACAUGUUUUAUGCAAUCAACAAGUUGAUCAGACAAGGGAAUUAAUGGUUUGGUCAUACCACAAUGGCUUCUUGAAUUAUGUAUACGAAAUGUUAAUGUGAAAACCUUAUGGGAGAUUUUUUUAUUAAAAUUGUGAAUUUCUCAAGAAUGUUAAUACAUUUGAAUUUUUCCUUCACAAUAACACAGAUGCACAACAAACAGUGUUCUGUACUAUAUCUGGUAUUUUCCUUAGGUCUCCCAAAAGAGCAGAAUCGCUAGAUUGAUCUUCAGUCACCAUAACUUCAUGCCUACUUUGUUGUGGUAAUCUUGAUUUUACAGAGGAAGUUUACAUCAUCACUUGACCAAGCUGACUGUCUCAUGACGAUUUAGCCCUUGAUCAUGACUCUCAGUUCCAUUACAUUACGCAGAAGAGUCAUUGGACGAAGGCUUCUUCUGUAGGGGGGAGUUUUGUUAAGACCCGGAACGCUCGGUCUGAACGUUAACACGCAUUGCUUGCGGUAAUGUUUUGGAAGCAUAAGGACCUUAUCUUUCAUAUCGGCGGGAAAUAAUCAUACUAAUAACAAAAAAAAGUUACAUUAAUACACACCUUUAUAGGGUUAGGGUUCCCACACGGACAUAUUUCCAUGUUACAGCGCUUGUUUAGGGAGACAGAGUGGACUACCUUCGCUAGUUGGCUAUCUGAGUCUCUGAACACCUGUGUGUAAAUGGAAGACAGACGCCACAAACACGAUGUCACUGAAACAUACUGCCGACUGCAACUUGUGCUAAAACUGGUUAAAGCAGUGUGAUGUGAUAUGAAAGUAGAGGGAUUUAUGUUUCUAGAACCAUGCUGCAAUUGAGACUAUUCACGUUUAUAUGGAGUAUUUGGCUGUUUUGGCUUCCAGAGCCAAUUCGCCCUUUAAACAGGACAUGUAAGGUCCUUGGACUAAGGAGUAAUAUUAGGCUCCUUCAGUCCAAUAUUGGGCUAAUGAUGACUGUGUGCUUUAUAGCUUGAACCUUAAAUUAACACUGAAUUCAAGUGUAUCUGUCUGAAGUGUCUAUAAUCAGUCAAUGUGAAAUUAAUGUGAUUGUUUUUGCUUCAAAUAAACAAAUCACAGUGUA